CACCUUGUGAGCCUGUGUUUCUCUGUCCUUGCGGCCAGCUUGGCUCCCAGAUGGCCAAUUCCCUGAACGGCCGGAACCCGCGCAAGGGACGGAUCCUGGGCUUCAUCGAUGCCAUUCAGGAUGCUGUGGGCCCCCCCAAGCAGGCAGCUGCCGACCGCAGGACUGUGGAGAAGACCUGGAAGCUUAUGGACAAAGUGGUAAGAUUGUGCCAAAACCCAAAGCUUCAACUCAAAAACAGCCCACCUUAUAUACUUGACAUUCUACCUGAUACUUACCAACAUUUACGACUUAUUCUGAGCAAGUAUGAUGACAACCAGAAACUCGCACAACUCAGUGAGAAUGAGUAUUUUAAAAUCUACAUUGACAGUCUUAUGAAAAAAUCCAAACGGGCCAUAAGACUCUUUAAAGAAGGAAAGGAAAGAAUGUAUGAAGAGCAGUCACAGGACAGGAGAAACCUUACAAAGCUGUCUCUCAUCUUCAGCCACAUGUUAGCAGAAAUCAAGGCUAUUUUUCCAAAUGGACAAUUCCAGGGUGAUAACUUUCGCAUCACCAAAGCUGAUGCUGCAGAUUUCUGGAGAAAAUUCUUUGGAGAUAAAACUAUAGUGCCAUGGAAAGUGUUCAGGCAGUGCCUUCAUGAAGUUCAUCAGAUUAGCUCUGGUUUGGAAGCAAUGGCUCUCAAAUCUACUAUUGACUUGACCUGCAAUGACUACAUUUCAAUUUUUGAAUUUGAUAUCUUCACUAGAUUAUUUCAGCCGUGGGGCUCAAUCCUAAGGAAUUGGAACUUCCUGGCUGUGACGCAUCCUGGGUAUAUGGCAUUCCUGACGUACGAUGAGGUGAAAGCAAGGCUGCAGAAAUACAGCACCAAACCUGGGAGCUACAUUUUCAGACUGAGCUGCACUCGCCUGGGCCAGUGGGCCAUUGGGUAUGUGACUGGUGAUGGGAACAUCCUGCAGACCAUACCUCACAAUAAGCCUCUGUUUCAAGCUCUGAUCGAUGGCAGCCGGGAAGGAUUUUAUCUGUUCCCAGAUGGACGAAGUUAUAAUCCUGAUUUGACAGGACUAUGUGAGCCCACACCACAUGAUCACAUAAAAGUCACGCAGGAGCAGUAUGAAUUGUACUGUGAAAUGGGUUCCACUUUUCAGCUGUGUAAAAUCUGUGCAGAGAAUGACAAGGACGUGAAGAUAGAGCCUUGUGGACACCUUAUGUGCACUUCUUGUCUUACAGCAUGGCAGGAAUCAGAUGGCCAAGGCUGCCCUUUCUGCCGCUGUGAAAUCAAAGGAACAGAACCAAUCAUUGUGGAUCCCUUUGAUCCCAGGGAUGAGAACUCCAGGUGCUGCAGUAUUAUGGAUAGCUUUAGCAUGCCCAUGUUGGACUUGGAUGAUGAUGAUGACAGAGAAGAGUCUCUAAUGAUGAAUCGUUUGGCUUCAGUCAGAAAGUGCAAUGAGAGGCAGAAUUCACCAGUGACUUCCCCAGGAUCUUCCCCUCUUGCACAAAGAAGAAAACCACUCCCAGACCCCCUGCAAAUCCCACAUAUUAGUCUUCCACCUGUCCCUCCCCGUCUGGAUCUGAUUCAGAAGGGAGUAGCACGGUCACCAUGUGCCAGCCCAACCGGGUCACCAAAGAUCAGAAAUGGGGGCACGCUUUCUGCAGAAGGGCCAGGCUGCGGAAUGCCCGCAAUGUCUGGCAAGUUCCGCGGUGGUGCCAAGAAAAUAUCUCAGUCAGGAAUGAUGAAGCCGCGCUUGGGCACGGGCAACAUUCAUCCCUCUGUCCCCGCCAGCGCCGGCGGCAGGCACGGCUUCGCCAGGAAGCACCGGCGCCACGAGCUGCCCGCAGAAGGUGCCAAGGUUUUUUCAAAUGGUCAUCUGAUAAAUGAAGAAUAUGAUGUCCCUCCACGGCUUUCACCCCCUCUUCCAGCUGGCUCCAUCAUCCCUAGUAUAAAGUGCCCUGGUCCUUCAGCAAAUUCUCUGUCUGAUAAAUCAAGGGAACACCCAGAUGAUGAUGAUGAAUACAAAAUUCCUUCUUCACAUCCUGUAAUAUUGAGCUCACAACCACCUCAUAGUCAUAAUAUAAAACCUCUUGCUCGGGCGUGCGAGAACGGCCAGUGCGCCAAUGGAACGCACGGUGCUACUUCCGAGAUAAAGAAAUCCAAGCACCCCGAGUCAGGAGAUGUCUAUGAUGCACCUACUGUUCCGGUACCCUUGCCUCCUGCACGGCCUCCUGCCAGAGACAACCCCAAACACAGCUCUUUGCUCACCAGGACACCCUCCGAUUAUGAUCUUCUGGUGCCCCCUUUAGGUGAAGAUGCAUUUGAUAACUCACCCCCCUCUCUCCCCCCACCACCACCACCUGCUCGGCACAGCAUGAUUGAGCACACAAAACCUGCUGGCUCAGGGAGCCGACCCUCUUCAGGACACGAACUGUUCCUUCACUCUGAUCCCCAUUUUGACCCAAUAACUGGUCACGUUCCUUUGCCACCUGCUCGAAGAGCACCUGGAGAAAAUGUCAAAACAAAUAGGACAUCUCAAGACUAUGAUCAACUUCCUCCAUCUUCAGAUGGUUCACAAGCACCAGCCAGGCCCCCUAAACCACUUCCUCGAAGAACUGCACCAGAAAUACAUCACAGGAAAGCAUACAGCUCUGACAGUUCCAUGGAAAAUGUGGAUGCAAAGAUUGCAAAACUUAUGGGAGAGGGCUAUUCCUUUGAAGAAGUCAAGAGGGCACUUGAAAUUGCCCAGAAUAAUGUUGAUGUGGCCCGUAGCAUUUUAAGAGAGUUUGUCUGUUUUCCUCCACCAGUCUCCCCACGUCUCAAUCUAUAGCAGCAUCAAGAUUUCCUUGGAGCAGAUGAAUUCUACAGAUACACGUGUGGAUUGGGAAUGAGAGGAAGAACAGAAUGGGAUAUUUUUCUUCCAUCCUUAGCAGAAGGGUGUUUGUUUCCAGCCGUUUAUCAAAGGCUCCUGGCUGCUCUGAUCAAGACUUAUAAAUAUGCUGAGGCUUAUGUAUUUUUGCUAGCCAUACUUUUUUAAAUCAGGGUUGAACUUACAAAGUAAUUUAAAAAAGGUUUACUUCCCUAGAACUUUUAAUCUGUGAAAUGCUUUUUCUUGUUUACAAGUUGGCAAGUUACAGUUUUCUAGUUUGUGCCUGUACAAUGUCCUGUUCAUAUUCCCUUGUACUUGUGGUCAGUUCUGCUGUAGCAUUCCCAACAGUUUCCAUGCUGACCACUCCAUCAACUAAACCAUCACUUUCCAGAAGUUCUGUGUUUCUUUUGGUCUUUUUUUUUUCUUUUACAAGAUGCUUUAAUUGUUUUUUGCAUUUCAGCUCAUCAAAUGCAAAAAGUAUGUGGCCUUCACUACUGAUUUUUUUUUUUUUAUUCUGAGAUUCCUUUGCUUUUGAAAGAGGAAAUAUCUGAAUGUAAAACACAUUAUUCUGUGAACUGCCUUUUUAAAGGUAUUUUGACAGUAAUGUUGGGCAGCUUUCUGUUUAACAAGAAUUCCAUGGCCUGUAGUCUCAAGGUCCUUUAUAUACAGUUUCCACAAAAAAUCCCAACCAGCAAAUAAAACACUUUGUGCAGCAGUGACACUGAGUUCUCACUUGUAAAAUCUAUUUUAAAUUUGAGUAUUUGAUUGCAGAUGUUCAAAAAAAGCCAAAUGCACAUGAUAAUACUGUGUUUAGAUUACACACUAAUGGUACCAGUUCUUCAUGGUAAGACUGAAAGGAAUCUUUUUCAAUUAUAUUAAAGGUAUUCAGGUAAAUUCCAGUUCUAGAUUGAGUAAAGUAGAAUGCGGUUAAUGUUUUGUUUAAGUGAUUAUCCUGUGGUGCAUUGUGGCUUGGAUCAGUUUGUAUUAACUUGGAAACUUUAAAUAUUUGAUGCACUGUUAAUUCCUAAUGCUACUGUAGCAAUAUUUUUUUGCAUAGUUCUUUAGUAACCUCCUCCCUCCCUGUACCCUUUAUAAUCCUCAAGGAUGUGUUUAACACCCAAAUUCAUUCACUCAAUUCCAGCUGCUUAGUUGGAAAUACAUUUUUGCUUUACUUGGUUAGUGAUACUCCAAACUUUGACAUUUUAUUUUGACCCCAAAAUUGAUGCAAGCCAAUUUAAAAAUCUUCCUGGUUUUAGGAAAAGAGAGAGAAGACAACUCUAUUCUGAGUACUUUCAAAGUUAAGUCCAAAUAUUUUCAGAACAAAUCCUAAGAUUGCUGCUUUCUUGGUUUUUUUUAGGAAACAUUG